AUGGUGUCCUCUCCGUCUUCCGAAUCUUCAUCUUCGCCUACCAUCAACGCCAACGCACCUUCAUCUCCUCUCGGCGCCGACGACCACGACGACGAGCAAGAGCACGAACCUCCUCGACCAUUAUUCUCACAGGUGAUUCCUCAUCAUCCAUUGGAAGCCCUUCAAUCUGCUCUCUUAACCGGCAAAUUCUCCGAUCUUUCCAUUAUCCACGGCACCCGUCUGUGGAAUGCUCAUAGAGUUGUCGUUUGCUCUCAGUCCCCUAUGCUUGAUUCUAGAAUUCGAACAGUGGAGGGCGAUAAAAGCGUUUUGACCCUUACUCAAUAUGACUACGACUCGGUCUGCCUGAUGAUGGAAUAUUUAUACACCUCCAAUUAUACUACGGUCGAUCAAGCCCCAGAUUUCUCUCUUCCCGCCCACGUCAAAGUGUUUUGCCUUGCCGCCGACUUCGCCUGCACGGGUCUAAAGGCGGUGGCCAUGAACAAAUACAGAGAUACGCUUCAAGGCAAACUCAGAAACCUCGAAGUCUUCUACGCCUCUGUGGAAUCCGUGUAUGCAACUACCACCACCGAGCACCCAGAGCUUCGCAUGGCAGUUGUAGAAGCUGCGAUUAUGGAGAUGCGCCUGCUUUUGGCAAACCCAGCUCGCGAGCGUUUUCUUCAGAUUACUUCUGAGGUAUCUGAUUUCCAGGCAGAUAUUAUGGUUACGCUGAUGCAUAACCCUAUGCGUCCCGUGGAUAAAGUCGUUCAGGAGUUGUGUGAGCAAUGCGGUCCUAGGAGCGAGGACGAUGGUUAUGAAGUGACUACGGAGUGCAAAAGUUGUGGUGCUGAGAAGACACUCGAGUUCUACUGA